UACUAUAAAAGCUGCUUUGGGGUGAAGAUGUUAUUGCAUUAGUUUUUCUACCUUGGUUGAGUUUAGAUCUUUUUUUUUUUUGGUUCGGUUGGUUGCAUUCAACUUUUGUCCGCCGAAAGUUCAUUAGGUCAACAUGAGGUGCUUAAUUUUGUUUGCAAUCGUGGGAUGCGCCCUCGCUCAGCGCCAGCAAGCCAGUCAGGACACAGCCCGGUACAACGAUGGACGAUACUAUCCGGACCUCUACCAGGGCAAGUACAACGACGGAAAGUACCGCCCGGACGGCAGUGGAGCUUACCGACCGGAUGAUUCCGGAAAGUAUUCCGGCCAAUAUGUGCCCUAUGUUGAUGGCAAAUACGGCGUCGGUGGCCAGGGAGGAUUUGGUGGAGCUGGCGGUGCUGGAUCCGGAUCCGGAGGAAAGGGUGGUGCCGGCGGUUUUGGCUCCGGUGGCGGUUUCGGAUCGGGAGCAGGAUUUGGGUCUGGAUCUAAAUUCGGAUCGGCAUCCGCAGUUUCCUCAGGGGCUGUGAAGGCACCCAAGAAGCCAUCCAACCAAGGAAACCGCUUCGGUUCGGCCAGUUCCGGAAAAGUAACCGUAUCAACAGCCCCCCUGGCUGCUCCCCCAAGAGCCCCAGCCCAGAAGGUCAAGACUCCCGCAUUCGCCCCUGUUUCCUCCCAAAGCGGCAAAGGUAGCGGAUUCGAUCGCAUCAAGGAACAGGUCAAGCAAUACAACAAUGACGGUUACUACUACCGGUACCUGACCGAACAGGAUGCCCAAGUGGCCGAAACGGGUCGCAUUGAGGAUCGGGACACCGAAAGUGAGACUCUCCGUGCCAAGGGUUUCUACGAGUAUGUUGGCGAUGAUGGUGUGCGGUACCGAGUGGACUACAAUGCCGACGAGAAUGGAUUCGUGCCUCGUGGUGCCCAUCUGCCAACCCCACCGCCAAUCCCAGAGGCCAUUUUGCGAGCUCUGGAGUACGUUAGCAAACUGCAGCAUUCGCAGCCAUGGCACAUUAAGAGGCUCAUCCGCAAGCCCAACGUCGAUUGCUGUUGUUUUGCCUUCAUUGAGAACUGCUCCAGACACACGUCCGAAGCGCCGGAAUAUGUCCCGCAUCGCAUCCAGUUUCUCAACGCUGUUAACAAUAGCGCUGAUGUCGUCCGCAUAGGCCACGAUCAAAUCUCUGCCGCACACUUGCUUCAAACGCUGGAGGAGAGGGUGCAGUUCUCUGUGCUUACGCUAGGCUGUGCUUUGGCACAGAAUUUGAACGAUGGACGCUACUAUCCGGAGCUGCUGAGGGGCAAGUUCGACGAUGGCCAAUAUCGUCCGGAUAAUGCCGGUUCUUAUCGUCCUGACGGUGCCGGUGGCUUCGUUCAAAGAGGAUCCGGUGGCUUUGGAGGUCAACGAGGAGGAUCCAGUGGAUUCGGCUCUGGUAACCGUUUUGCAUCAUCUAAUGCAAACCGAGCGAGACCCAGUGCUCCAGUGAAGUUCACUCCAGUUUUCUCUCAGCAAAGCGCCCCAGUGAAAUUCACUCCAGUCUUCGCCCAGCCUAGUGCCCCAGUGUUUGUUCCAGCAUCGUCUACUUUCGGUGCCAACAACAAGAACAGAGGAUUCGGAGGCUCCAGUGCAUCCCGUGACGGUGCGGACGGUGUUAAGGAGGAUACCCGUGAGAUGAACGAAGAUGGCUACUCCUAUCGCUUCUUGACCGAGAACCAAAUUCAAGUGGCCGAAACUGGACGUAUCGAAAACCGUGGAUCCGAUAACGAGGUGCUGCGUACCAAUGGAUUCUACGAAUUUGUGGGAGAUGAUGGUGUUCGCUACCGAGUCGAUUACGUCGCUGAUGAGAAUGGUUUCCAAGCUCAGGGCGACCAUCUGCCAACUCCACCUCCAAUCCCGGAGGAAAUCUUCUCUGUGCUGACGUUGGGCUGUGCUUUGGCGCAGAACGAUGGACGCUACUAUCCGGAGCUGCUGAGGGGCAAGUUCGACGAUGGACAGUAUCGUCCGGAUAAUGCUGGUUCUUAUCGUCCUGACGGUGCCGGUGGCUUCGUUCAAAGAGGAUCCGGUGGCUUUGGAGGUCAACGAGGAUCGAGUGGAUUCGGCUCUGGUACCCGUUUUGCAUCAUCCAAUGCAAACCGAGCGAGGCCCAGUGCUCCAGCGAAGUUCACUCCAGUCUUCUCUCAGCAAAGCGCCCCAGUGAAAUUCACUCCAGUUUUCGCCCAGCCUAGUGCCCCAGUAUUUGUCCCAACGUCGUCCACUUUUGGUUCCAGCAACAAGAAUAGAGGAUUCGGAGGCUCCAGUGCAUCCCGUGACGGUGCGGACGGUGUCAAGGAGGAUACCCGUGAGAUGAACGAAGAUGGCUACUCCUAUCGCUUCUUGACCGAGAACCAAAUUCAAGUGGCCGAAACAGGACGUAUCGAAAACCGUGGAUCCGAUAAUGAGGUGCUGCGUACCAAUGGAUUCUACGAAUUUGUCGGCGAUGAUGGUGUUCGCUACCGAGUUGAUUACGUUGCUGAUGAGAAUGGAUUCCAAGCUCAGGGUGACCAUCUGCCAACUCCACCUCCAAUCCCGGAGGAAAUUUCGAACCGGAUCGGAGGAGGUGGUAUCGCGGGUUGGUGUGUGAGAAUCAAAAUGAAGUGCUUGAUUGUGCUAUCGAUCAUGACCGUGGGCUGUGCCCUCGCUCAGAACGUCAACGAUGGUCGCUACUACCCAGAAGUGUACGCUUCCAAGUUCGAUGACGGCAAGUGGCGUCCAGAUAACAACGGACAGUACCGCGGAACUCCGGAUAAGUUCGGUGCUGGUGGAUCUGGUGCCGGUAGCCGUUUCGGUGGCGCUUCAAGCGGUGCCUUCGUUGCUCCAGUCGCUGCCCCAGUCAUUGCUCCAGUAGCUCCCGCCCCUGCCCCAGUCUUCGUUGCUGCCGCCAAUCCUGGAUUCGGAGCCGGAUUCGGAUCUGGUUUCGGUUCUGCUAGCCCCAAGAAGAGCGGCUUCGGCAGCGGUUCCAGCAACGGUCAGAACGUCGGAGUCAAGGAAGAUACCCGUGAGUUGAAUGAAGAUGGAUCCUACUUCUACAAGGUGCUGAGCGACAACGACAUCGAAUUCUCCGAAACUGGACGCGUUGAGAACCUCGGAGACAGCUCGGCUAUGCGUGUCAAGGGAUACUACGAAUUCGUUGCUGAUGAUGGUGUCAAAUACCGUGUCGACUACGUCGCCGAUGAGAACGGAUUCCAGCCCGUUGGUGAUCAUCUGCCAACCCCACCACCAAUCCCACAGGAAAUCCUGGAAUCACUGAAAUCCCAAGGACUGAUCUAAGCGGGAAAAUUACGAAAGACAACGCGUAGUGUUCAUUAGAGUGUAAAUUGUGACCUGAUUGAGAAGCGAGGAAUGUAAAUUGUAUAAUUGGAAUCGAUAACGUAAUACAAGAAUAAUGAAAAAUGUAAAUGAAAA